AUGGAACUGAAGGCUGAGGAGGAAGAGGUGGGUGGAGUCCAGCCGGUGAGCAUCCAGGCCUUCGCCAGCAGCUCCACGCUGCACGGCCUGGCCCACAUCUUCUCCUAUGAGCGGCUGUCUCUGAAGCGGGCACUCUGGGCCCUGUGCUUCCUGGGCUCGCUGGCUGUGCUGCUGUGUGUGUGCACGGAGCGUGUGCAGUACUACUUCAACUACCACCACGUCACCAAGCUUGACGAGGUGGCUGCCUCCCAGCUCACCUUCCCUGCCAUCACGCUGUGCAACCUCAACGAGUUCCGUUUUAGCCAAGUCUCCAAGAAUGACCUGUACCACGCUGGGGAGCUCCUGGCCCUGCUCAACAACAGGUAUGAGAUACCGGACACGCAGAUGGCCGAUGAGAAGCAGCUGGAGAUACUGCAGGACAAGGCCAACUUCCGCAGCUUCAAGCCCAAGCCCUUCAACAUGCGCGAGUUCUAUGACCGUGCGGGGCACGACAUCCGAGACAUGCUGCUCUCCUGCCAGUUCCGGGGGGAGGUGUGCAGCGCGGAAGACUUCAAGGUGGUCUUCACCCGGUACGGAAAGUGCUACACGUUCAACUCCGGCCGAGACGGGCGCCCGCCGCUGAAGACCAUGAAGGGUGGGACGGGCAACGGACUGGAGAUCAUGCUGGACAUCCAGCAGGACGAGUACCUGCCUGUGUGGGGGGAGACCGACGAGACGUCCUUCGAAGCUGGCAUCAAAGUGCAGAUCCACAGUCAGGACGAGCCUCCCUUCAUCGACCAGCUGGGCUUCGGUGUGGCCCCGGGGUUCCAGACCUUUGUGGCCUGCCAGGAGCAGAGGCAGCUCAUCUACCUGCCCCCGCCCUGGGGCACCUGCAAAGCUGUUACCAUGGACUCGGAUUUCUUCGACUCCUACAGCAUCACCGCCUGCCGCAUCGACUGUGAGACCCGCUACCUGGUGGAGAACUGUAACUGCCGCAUGGUGCACAUGCCAGGGGACGCCCCGUACUGCACUCCGGAGCAGUACAAGGAGUGUGCGGAUCCCGCUCUGGACUUCCUGGUGGAGAAGGACCAGGAGUACUGUGUGUGUGAAAUGCCCUGCAAUCUGACCCGCUAUGCCAAGGAGCUGUCCAUGGUCAAGAUCCCCAGCAAAGCAUCCGCCAAAUACCUGGCCAAGAAGUUCAACAAGUCUGAGCAGUACAUAGGGGAGAACAUCCUGGUGCUGGACAUUUUCUUUGAAGUUCUCAACUAUGAAACCAUUGAACAGAAGAAGGCCUAUGAGAUUGCAGGGCUCCUGGGUGACAUUGGGGGCCAGAUGGGGCUGUUCAUUGGCGCCAGCAUCCUCACCGUGCUGGAGCUCUUUGACUACGCCUAUGAGGUCAUUAAGCACAGGUUGUGCAGACGAGGGAAGUGCCAGAAGGAGGCCAAAAGGAGCAGCGCAGACAAGGGAGUGGCCCUCAGCCUGGAUGACGUCAAAAGACACAACCCCUGUGAGAGCCUGCGAGGCCAUCCUGCCGGGAUGACGUAUGCUGCCAACAUCCUACCUCACCACCCAGCGCGAGGCACUUUUGAGGACUUUACCUGCUGA